GUGUAAAUUUGGAACUUUUUCUCUUGAUUUGUACCAGUGGUGGCAUAUAGCCCAGCUAAUAUAACUGUUGCCAGCAUUACACUUCUCGGCCAUGGAAACAGUAGCCUACCUUUUCAUUUUUACCCUAUAUUGUAUAUACAACGUUAUGUGUCUUAUUUAAAAUCAAUCUGAUACGAUAAUGUAUACUUUUGUGUCAGUUUCAUUCAUAAAUAGGCUACGAAUUUAUUUAUUUGUGUGGUGUUUAUUGGUGCACUGUAUUUUUCCACCAAUACAGUUGCGUAGCCUACUUAUACUCGAUGUGUCGAGGAAUCAUCAGGUGUGCUGCGUGUUGACUGACUAAAUCCAGUCACAAGUUAUUUUUCUUUGCCCGCGCAGGUUGACAGCUCGUAAAGCUAGUUGUGAAGUAAACAUUUGGCAACAGAUACCACCAUUGUAGCUCGAGAUCUAUGGAUUUACCAUGGAUAUAAUAAAGGGUGUCACAUUAAUUUAGCAUGGUAUAAGAGAUCUGGAUCUAAAUGUCCGCGCCUCCUUACCCGUUUUAAUCAAUUCAACGAAGAUACUAGAGAUCAAACGAUAUUUUCGUCGACCAACCUUUCUGUAGCUUUUCUUGUGACGUGUGGCGUUUCUUGUGUAGAAUGAAAAUAGCAAUGAUUUUAGCAGGUUGUAGGCCUACGUUGUUUCAGUUGAAACCUACGUUUAAACUUGGUCGCGGCAUUCGGUGUCGGGUGUCAUAUUUUCAUUGCAAAUAUGGAACUGUAACGACAUCAUUGCAUUGUAUUGUGUCAAUAAUAAUCUGUUUAUGGCCGAUAAUAACCGUUUAAAUUUAAAUCAAUUUAUGGGAAGAUAUGGGAAACAUACAAAAAAGAUUUAUAAUAUUUAGCCUACAGAGAUACACAUUCAAUUGAUCUAUUCCGAAAAAAAAUCUUUUAAAAACACAGCGGCGGAAAAAUUAAGCAGCUAUAAGGUAUUUGUUCCCUUUCUGUGAGCACUGUGCUGAUGUCAUACGAAUAUAAAAUAAGAAACAUUCAGGCUGGCUCUUAUAAUGUAAUUGAGCACAGCUGUUUUUCACAGCUUACGGUGUUGUUCGUUUAUCCCUAAACUGAUUUGACUUUAUCUUUAUUCUCAGACUGUACUGUAAUGAUUUACGAAGCAAUAAAGAACAAGUUAAUAAAUAGGGACUGGUUCGUAUAAAAACAAUAAGACCAAAAACCUGCAUGUAACCGGACGGCUGUGUGAAAUAACCUAGAAAUUCCAAGUUACAUCAGUUUUCAACUGUCUUUUCAAUAUAGACGCCCUAAAAUAUACAUUUAUUUUGUAUUAUUGUAAACAGUGAUGCAAAUUUUAUUGAAGCAUGCAUGACAAGCCUUGAUAACCCCGUUUAAUAAGUCCAGUUCUGAAGCCAUUGUAGCCUAGAGCAAUUUAUGGCCUUAUCGCGCUUGCUUUGAUGUAGGCUGUGAUAAAACGAAGCAAUUCAAGCUGAACUGAUAUAUUGUCAAUUUAACUGACCUAGUCUAGAAAGAUAAACACUGAUUGUGUUUAUUCGCGUAUUGAAUAGCUCGUGUGCCUUAUUUAAAAUGUUCAUAAGGUAAAGACGUUCGCAUGAUUGGAAAGCCGUGCUUUGGAGAGCUCAACGUGGGUGCUCUAAUGUUCCUCUCCGCGCGAUUGGCGGAAGGGAAGAUGAUGUCAGCCCACCCGUAGGAUUCCCGAUUGGCGUGUGCAGUGUCAGUGAUGGGGUAAACAAGGCAGGAAGGAAGGUUUUGAACUUCAAAACUAGGCUCAUUGCACAUUGUCGACGUUAGACACAACACUGUAGGAGGGGGAGGCGCUUUAUGGAAACCCAAAGUUCCUGGCAAUAAACUCUCGUUUAUUGACCAGUGCCAAUAUCAUCGAAGCAACACUGGAAGAUCGGAUAUCAGUUGAAAGCUGCGAAGACAUGUGACUGAGCUGAAUAUGUUUCCCAGUUAAAUUGUGGUUGAAAUGUGACUGUCUUUCGCGUUGACAUGGGAUUUUGAUAUUUUCACGAGUUUAUUCUUUUCUGCUAUGGGACACCAUGAACUGGCAUUUUGACUGCUACUGUAAAGAAACCGUUGGGUGGCCGAACGGCCGAAGCUGAGAGCCCAGUUCCGAUUGGCAACGCUGCCAUGCUGCCAAAAGUCGAGACUGAAUCCCUGGGAAUCGCUCGAUCGUAUGGGGAACAGGGACGCGUUCCUAAAAGCAUGCAAGCACCCCAUUUUAAAAUGAUGGACUACUCCUACGAUGAAGACAUGGAAGAGAUGUGUCCAGUGUGUGGAGACAAGGUGUCUGGGUACCACUAUGGGCUGCUGACCUGUGAAAGCUGUAAGGGCUUCUUCAAGCGCACAGUUCAGAACAACAAAAGGUACACGUGUAUAGAGAACCAGAGCUGCCAGAUCGACAAAACGCAGAGGAAACGCUGUCCCUACUGCCGCUUUCAGAAGUGCCUUACAGUGGGCAUGAAACUCGAAGCCGUGAGGGCAGACCGCAUGCGGGGAGGCCGCAACAAGUUCGGCCCCAUGUACAAGCGGGACCGGGCCCUGAAGCAGCAGAAGAAGGCGCUAAUCCGGGCUAGCGGGCUCAAGAUGGAGGCCGUGAGUCACGCCAUGCAGACGGCGCCCACCGACCUCACCCUCUCCUCCGCCAUCCAGAGCAUCCACUCCGCCUCCAAGGGCCUGCCCCUGAGCCACGUCCACGGCCACGUCCACGCCCACACCCACGCCGCCCUGCCCCCCUCUGACUAUGACCGCAGCUCCUUCGUCGCCCCUCCCAUCAGCAUGGCCAUGCCCCCUCACGGCGGCCUGCAGGCGUACCCGGCCUACGGCCACUUCCAGAGCCGCACCAUCAAGUCCGAGUACCCGGACCCCUACAGCAGCUCCCCCGAGUCGCUUUUGGGGUACCCUUACGCCGACGCCUAUCAGAGCGGCUCCCCGCCCGGAUUCCCCCACCUCAUUGUGGAGCUGCUGAAGUGCGAGCCGGACGAGCCCCAGGUGCGGACCAAGAUCCUGGCCUACCUGCAGCAGGAGCAGGCCAGCCGGGGGAAGCACGAGAAGCUCAACACCUUUGGACUCAUGUGCAAAAUGGCCGACCAGACUCUGUUCUCCAUUGUUGAGUGGGCAAGAAGCAGCGUGUUCUUCAGGGAACUGAAGGUUGAUGACCAAAUGAAGCUUCUCCAGAACUGCUGGAGUGAACUCUUAAUUCUAGAUCACAUUUUUCGCCAAGUGGUACAUGGAAAAGAAGGCUCCAUCCUCCUUGUUACUGGCCAACAGGUGGAUUACAGCGUACUCGCCUCCCAAGCUGGAGCCACGCUCAGCAGCCUCCUAGGCCACGCACAGGACCUGGUGGGGAAGCUACGCUCCUUGCAGUUUGACCAGAGGGAGUUUGUGUGCCUCAAGUUCCUGGUGCUCUUCAGCCAGGAUGUGAAGAGCGUGGAGAACUUCCACCUGGUGGAGAGCGUGCAGGAGCAGGUGAACGCGGCUCUGCUGGACUACACCAUGUGCAGCUACCCCCAGCAGACGGACAAGUUCGGCCAGCUCCUGCUCAGGCUGCCGGAGAUCCGCGCCAUCAGCCUGCAGGCGGAGGAGUACCUGUACUACAAGCACCUGAACGGGGACGUGCCCUGCAACAACCUGCUCAUCGAGAUGCUGCACGCCAAGCGUGCCUGA